GUGGGGGCAUCAAAUUAAAGGCAAAUGUGAACACCAGUUUUACUCUGUACUGCAGUGCACUAGUGCAUCACUGGACAAAAGUGUGUGCUAUAUGACUACUUCUUAUUUUAAAACAUCACAGAUCAGCUUCUGUUAACUAUUAUAUCAGACACAAUAUUUAGACACCAUGUUUAAGAAAUUAAAUUAGAAAUUAUUAUCAGGCACUGACAAAAUAUUGAAAGAUUGUGAAUAGAUCUAUUAAUUAUUAAACAUUACUGGAGUAUUUCAUUUAAAGAACAUGGCAGGGAAAAUGCAUUUACAAUUCAACGUAUAAUAAGACCUCUUUUUGGUUGUGCAAAUGUAAAUGAAGAUCUUGUUUUUCUUGAAACACAGCACAGGUUGUGGUGAAAACCCUUUCCUCUGGUCUUGGCUUCAAAGCUAAAAACGGUGCUUCACCUUUUUAACACAGUACAUAGAGAGCUCUCAUAAUCACUGUGUUGUUAGCAGUCCUGGAGAAACAAUAAAAGUGAAAAUCAUGAAUGCCUUUGCCGUUUUUUGUCCUGCUUUGCUGAUCUGGUCGUGCCACAUAAAGAAAAGUUGGUCCAAUGAGACAACUGAAUACCAAGCAGAAGAAAAAUCCACAAAAGAGUAUGAGUAUUCCACAGAGAUGGUGGACUACAACGGGCUUGAAAUGAUGUGUGAAAAGGCCGCCAACCGUUACUUCCGUGCCUGGUUCUUGCCCACCAUCUAUACCAUCAUCUGCCUCCUGGCCCUCAUGGGGAACUUUCUGGUCAUCCUAACCUACCUUUACUUCAAGAGGCUGAAGACGAUGACCGACGUCUACCUGCUCAAUCUAGCCAUGGCUGACUUACUGUUUGCAAUUUCUCUUCCCUUCUGGGCAGCCAGUUUCAUGAGCAAGUGGCAUCUGGGUCAGUAUACAUGCAAGGCCAUGUUUACCAUCUACAAGGUCAGCUUCUUCAGUGGCAUGUUCCUGCUCACCUGUAUCAGUGUAGAUCGCUACUUUUCCAUAACGAAAGCUGUUUCUGCUCAUCGCUGCCGCUCCAGUGCAGUCUAUUAUGGACAGGUGUCUUCUCUGGUUACCUGGGUGAUGGCAGCGACCUUCUCGGUCCCUGACAUGAUGUUCUCUGAAGUCAACGUCAAUGGCACCUGUGUAGCAAAUGGUAAAGACUAUGAAGACUACCACGUUAGAAUGCUGGUUAGUCAGAUGGUCCUGGGUUUCAUACUUCCAGCACUUGUCAUGGGGUUCUGUUACAUCUGCAUCAUCAAGACUCUCAUCCAAGCCAAGAACUUCGAGAGGAAUAAAGCCUUCAAGGUCAUCAUUGCUGUGGUAGCAGUCUUUGUGUUCACCCAACUACCCUACAAUGUAGUCAUGGGGGUGACCUCCCAAGUAACAAUGAAUUGCCACAAUGACAACAGCCGACUGUAUGCUAUGGAUAUGUCAAGGGCCGUGGCCUUCUUGCGCUGCUGUCUGAAUCCAUUCCUGUAUGCUUUCAUUGGGGUUAAGUUUCGCAAUGAUCUUCUGAAGCUACUGAAAGACUUGGGCUGCAUCAGGAAAAGCCAUCUACUGUACACUCACUGUGGUAAACGAAGAUCUUCUGUUGGUCUGGACACCGAAACCACCACAUCAUUUUCUCCCUGAAUGUUCUAAACCACUUGAGAGAUCAGAGUCCGAAAUUUAUUUUUGUCAUUUACGUACCUCACUUUAGUAGUACAGUGUUAAACAAUUCAUUAGCUCCAUUUAAGGAAUACUGCUGAAGAAGGACUGAAAUAUUAUACUGUUCAUUUUUUCUAUGCAGUGUUAAUUGUAACUUAUUGUGCAAAGUUGAGCAAAAACCUGUUCCUGCUUUUUAACAAAGAGCUUAUGACUUAUUUUUGAUUGACAUUUUCAAAGAGGAAAAUCACUUUCACAUCUCUUUGUUAUAUGAUAUAACCUUGUUUUAUGAAUUUGACUUACAUGUACGCUUGUACAUAAUAUAAGACAUAUGGUCAAUUAACAUCAAAUCAACUAGCAACAUAAUCCUCUGUUAUGGCUGAAUGAUGGCUCUUUGAAAUAUUCUCUCUCUUUUCUCUUAUCUGAGAUGUUAUAAAACUGAAUAAAUACAAUUUUC